AUGGCUCUGGGUUAUCGUCGGAAUCCAAACGAAUGUGUAAUACUUGAUCACUCCAUUGGAGAUGCCGUAGAUUACCAGUUAUAUGUCGAGUUUAUUCCCCAUCGCUCAGCAUUCGUAUACCUGGGUGUACUCUUCAAGCCCUGUGGUCUCAUCAGCACUCCUGAUAAUGAACUGAGUCUGGAUGAAAGUUUGCUUUUAUCUUCAAUUAAGUGCUACGACGAUUACCCUGAAGAAUUUUUGCUUCAGCCUUGUACUUUUCUGAUUCAACGUACACUGAAAUAA